AUGGCCGAUGUUUUGGUGCCCAGCAAUGUACAUGUUCCAAUCAUCGUUACUGCCUGUGCCGAAGAAAUUGAGCGCAGAGGUCUGACAGAGGAGGGCAUCUACCGGAUCACCGGAAGCUUAUCCUCGGUGAAUUACCUCAAGGAGCAGUUUAAUCGAGACUUGGACACGGCCGUAAAGCACGUGGCUGACUACGACGUCAACGUCUUAUCAAGCAUCCUGAAAUCAUUCUUCCGUGAGCUGCCAGAACCCCUAAUAAAAUGGGAGGAAUUCAUAGCUUUUUUUAAUGCACUAGAGAUUGAGGACGACGACGAGAGAAUCAGCAUGUUGAACCAUACGCUCGUGUCUCUGCCGAAACCACGACGGGAUACAUUUCAGUACUUGCUGUGUCAUUUGGUUCGUGUCAGCGAAUAUGAAUCAUCCAAUAAGAUGAGCUUGAACAACUUGGCAAUGAUAUGGGCAAUGACGUUGUUCCAGCCGGCUCCCGAGGUGCCGGAAGGCGAAGACGCCACCCUUCUCUUUCAAUUGGAGAAUUGUAUUCCUCUACUUGUCCACGCCUCGAUGUCUCAGCCCGUUUUUGGGCCAGCUAUUCAUAUCGUUAUUAUCUCCGGUUCCAUAGUACUCCUUGAGCCGCUGCAGUUUGUGAAAUUACUUUUAUAA